UGAGAACGACGAUUAAAAAGUUGGAAAUAUCCAUUUCAUUUGUAUUCAAAUAGUUGGACCUUGGUGUAAAAUUUUGUGGCAACAAUUUGCAUUUAAUUUGUGAAACUUACUUACAGAUAUUUCACACUUUUCAUUCACUUUGACAAACUCUUGUACAUAUUCAUGCUAAAAUCUGUUAACUGAAGGCCAAUCCAAAAAAAUUUAAAUGGAUGUCCAACCAGGGGAGCAAUGGAAAUGUUCCAAGUGCUCAAAAACGUUCAAAGGGAAAUGGAAACUUACAAGGCACGUGGGCACCCACGACGCCGACGCCAAAGUGAAAUGCAAGAUUUGCGGGAAAAUUUUGAAAACCCCAGACGUCUUGUCGCUGCACAUGAAAAGACUCCACACUGAUCGGGAACGCCCCAGUUGCGACAUUUGCCACCGGGUAUUUUAUGACUCAACCACUUUACGGGAACACAUUGACACCAUUCACAGCACGAGUGAACGACCCCGUUUUCCAUGCGGAUUUCUCGGCUGUGAGAAAACCUACAAAAACAAGCGAUACAUUAAGCAUCACAUGAAAAUUGAUCAUGCCGAGAAUGCGGUCCGAUUUCCGUGCACACUUUGCAGGAAAGAAUUCAAAACGAAGGAACAUCUUGAUCAACACAUUCCCACUCACACGACCGAGAAACCGUUUAAGUGUACCAAAUGUGGGAGGAGUUUCGCCCAUAGGAAAGUCAUGAAGUAUCACGAGAAACUACACAUGGAAAGAUCCGCUCGAGAAAUGUUCAAGUGUCAAGUAUGUCCUCGGACUCUUCUAAGUAGACUUGGUUUACAGUACCAUUUUCGUGCGAGUCAUGUAAAUCCGAGGAAUUAUCCUUCCGCAUUUUGUGACAAGAUAUUAGCGACGUUAUCCAGCAUGCGACGCCACGUGGGAGUGGAACACCCAGCGAACAAGGAGAUUCAUUCCUGCGAAAAAUGCGAGUUCAACGGUGACACGAAAGCCGGUUUAGCAAACCAUGCGAGAAUUCACCAGAAUUCGAAUCGAGCUGAAUGCUACUUCUGUGAGGAGAAGUUUGCCGACUUUGGUAAAUUGGUCAAACACUGUUGUAGAGUUCAUACUCUAGAAAAGUCGAAAUGUAAAAGUAGCUGA